CUCACUUCCGAAAGGGAAUCGAUGAUCCAGAGGAGAAUUAUUGUUCUUGAAAAUGAAAUCGAAACCUUGCAGUUACAAAUACAUGAGCUGCUUAUUGAAAAUACAGCUUUAAAGACAACAUCAGCCAACUCUCAGGAAAUGGAGAAAUACCAAGAAUAUUUAGCUAAAAAAUAUACUGACAAACUUCAAGAUAAAGAACUGAUUAUUUGCCGCUUACAGGAACAACUUGAUCAACAAGCAACAUAUAGCAAUGUAGACAUGGACCGAACAGAUGAUGAACGACUAGAUCAAGAUAAACCCCUGAUAUUAUUACCAAUAGAUGACGAUCUAAAUAAAGACCAGGUGAAUCAUGGAGAAGACAUAUCGGCUAAACAGCAAACAGAAAGAAGAUUAGUACCAGGCAAGAAGGAUAAAACUAAUAAAACAUCAGUUGAAGAAAUGGAAAGUGGUACAGAUAAGGUCUUCACUCUCGAUUUAAUGGAUAAGACCAAUGUACAAAGGGAUGGCAGAACAUUUAAAAGAAAAAGCUCAAACGAGAGUGAUGUUGAAAUGGAACACCUGAUACCAACUAAAAUAGCAAAACUAUCAGUUGAAAGUGAAAGUGAAAGUGACGAUAUCAAAGAAAAACAUGAAAUCCAGAAGAUACAGGCCAGAUUAUCUCAAGCUGUUAAUGACAUCAACAUUGAUCUAAUGGAAACCAUAUUAAAAGAACUACAGCCAGAUGACGUCAGAAGACUACAAGACGUCAUUAUAAGUUUAACCUGUCAAUCAUUAGAGAGAAGAUAUUUAUCACUUGUUAAGUGUUUAUUUAAUAAUAUUAUAAUAUUACAAUCUGAUGGUCAACUUGAUAUUAAUUUAAAUAUACAGUUAAUGACAUGUGCUAUAAAAUCAGAUUUUGUUGAAGGUAUUCAGUAUCUCUAUAGUAAGAAAUUAUAUUUACAGGUUGAACAUGACGAUAAAGUAUGGAAUGCUUUGUUAGAAUCUGUUAAGUAUAAUAGUUUCAAUAUUACUAAAUAUCUUUUAACCGUUUCUGAUUUAAAUCUCAAUCCAGACUCUGAUAAAACUAUAUUAAUGUUUGCUAAAUCUGGUCAAAUGUUGUCAAUUCUUUUAAGUAAUGAUCAAAUCAAGAACAUGAUUAAUUAUAAAUCUAAAUAUGAUGACGAUGGUGAUGACGAUGAUGAUGAUGAUGAUGAUGAUGAUAAUGAUGAUAGCGACAAUGAUUUUGAUGACUGUGAUUACCAAGGUUAUAAUCUGAAAUGA